AUGGCUACUACCGCCACCGCAGAUACUGGAUACAAUAAAGAAUACAGCAGCGAGAAUUCCGGCACUGGUACACAUACUCACGACCAUGCACCCAUCAAUGGAGCUGGACCCAACGCCAACAAUUCCGCCGCCGCACGAGGAUAUGAUUAUGGAGGAAACCCACUGGCACAUAUGAAUACGGGAGAAUCAGCACGCUUCCCCGCAUUUGGCGGAGAGUUCCAACCCGGUCUGUAUAAACCUACGACCGAGAGACGUUUUGCCAACCCUGCACCUUUGGGUCUGAGUGCUUUUGCUCUGACGACUUUCGUUUUAUCUCUUGUCAAUAUCGGAACCGCGGGUGUUACUCAACCGAGUAUUGUCAUCGCACUUGCUUUUGGUUAUGGUGGGCUCGUUCAAUUACUUGCUGGCAUGUGGGAAAUGGCCGUAGGCAAUACAUUUGGUGCCACCGCCCUUUCAUCCUACGGAGGAUUCUGGCUCUCCCUCGCCAUCGUCCUCACGCCCGGUGGAUUCGAGAUUGUCUCCACAUACGGGGCCGAAGGAUCCGGCAUCAACGAUUUCAACAACGCCUUUGGAUUUUUCCUCAUGGGCUGGUUCAUCUUCACUACCAUUCUCUUGAUAUGCACGUUACGAUCCACAGUUGCCUUCUUCAUGUUAUUCUUCACGUUGGAUUUGGCAUUCCUGAUGCUCGGAGUCGGUCACUUACGAGCGAGUUCGGCGGGUGUUCCUAAUUCUGCUUGUAUUAAGGCUGGUGGUUAUUUUGGAAUCUUCGCUGCGUUUAUCGCUUGGUAUAAUGCGUUGGCUGGUCUUGCGGAUGAUAGUAAUUCAUUCUUCGUCAUUCCCGUCGCUCAUUUCCCAUGGUCGGUCAAGGGUCGCGAACGUCGCAGCAAGACUGAUCACGAGACACUUUAA